AUGGCCGACGCGGCAGUGAACCGGAAGCGAGAAAUGGACCCCACCGGGGAGGCGAAACGACUGCGUUCCGACCUUGUCGAAAACGACGACGUCAUUGCGGAGAUACUGAUUGGUGAUCUUCAAUUUGAUUAUCCGGUGUUUGUGUUCCGAAAUUUGGCGGAGCUACUGUUUGAGAGUAAUGUAGGAGUCGAUUUGAAUGAUUGGCCGGAGAAUAUCGUGCCGAAAUACAGUAUGCAAAUCUAUGGCAGUUGCAAUGGUUUGAUAUGUGUUGAGCUUGAUUAUGUCAAUAUUUUAGUUUGGAACCCUUAUACCGGAGAGUCUAAGCUGUUGCCGAAACCUAAUGUUUGUAAUGAUGUUACAACUGACAUGUAUGGGUUCGGCUAUGAUUCCAGUAGUGGAGAUUACAAGGUGGUUCGAGGUAGUUGGAGUAAUGACGGUGGAAGUGUGGUUGAGGUAUUUACUCUGAAGAGUGGCUUGUGGCGGCAGUGGUGCGUUGAUUUUGUGUUGGAUGGGCAGGGCUGCUUUUUGAAUGGAGCGCUACAUUGGGUGCAGCUUGAGUGGGAGGACUGGGAAUACAUAGUUGGUGCGAAGAUAGUGUCGUUUGAUUUGGCAGAGGAGAAGUUUGAGGAGAUGGUGCAAUGCCCUGAUCCUGUUGCUGAGUGUGAGGAGUGUUACUGCUCUGUGGGAAUUGGGGUGAUUGAAGACUGUCUCACUGUUUGCAUUGAGCCGAAUGAGAGUGAUUUGAGUAUUUGGAUGAUGAAGGAGUAUGGAGUGAAAGAGUCUUGGAAUGAAGUUGUGAGCAUAUCGAGAGAGGCUUUACCUAAAGAGCUUAAUUUAAGUUUGAGGCCUCUAAGCAUAUCAAAGGAUGGUGAAGUUUUCUUGAAUCUUAAUAGAAAUGUCUUCGCAUUGUAUAGUUCCAAAGAUAAGAGAUUCAAAGCUGUUGCUUUGACUCAUCAGCAUGUUGAUUUUGAUACAGCUAUUUAUGCAGAGAGUUUAGUCUCACCGGUGACAGGCCAUCUUGCCAAACAGACAUGGGAGCAGCAUAUUAUGAGAAGGCACAUGAACACCAACAGCUCCAAAAUACUUCUCCCAAUUCCUUUGUACUCUGUUGACUAUGAAGCACUAUUGAAGUAUGUGAAGGAAGUCGAUGUUCAUUUAGCAAGCAAGUACUUUGACUAUCCAAUACUGAUCCGUAAUCUCAAUCAACUAUUCUCUGGUCAUGCAACAAGCAGAGUUUUUCAGUGUGCAAAUCUAUGGUUCUUGCAAUGGCUUGAUAUGCUUGGAGGUUGACUACAACAAAAUCAUUUGGUGGAACCCUUGUACUGGGGAUUCCAAGCUGUUACCAGAAGCUACACGUUUUUAUGAUGAUCAGUGUGCAAGGUAUUACGGAUUUGGCUAUGAUUCAACGAGUAGUGAUUACAAGGUCAUAAGGGGGUAUUAUGAACAUAAUCAUGCAGCUAGUGAAGAUGAAGCCAUAUUUGAGGUCUUUACACUAAAAACCGGUUCAUGGAGGCAAGACCGUGGUUUUUUUGUGUGGUAGGGCAGGGGUACUAAGUAAAUGAUGCUGUACAUUG